CGGGAGGCGGGGCCGCCCGCCGCCAUUUUAAGUGCGCCCGCCUUCCCCUACGUUGUGUGUGGUUGCUGUUGGUCGGUCGGCUCGUAGCGGCGCUGAACUGAGGCGUGGGGGAAGUGACUGUUGCUUUGGCAUCCAUCCAGAGGAGACAAUGUCCAGUGUGCCUGUGGCUGUGGUGACCGGCUCCAACAAAGGGAUUGGAUUCUCAAUUGUGCGAGAUAUGUGCAAGCAGUUCAAGGGGGAUGUGUACCUUACUGCCCGAGACCCUGGCCGUGGUCAGGAAGCAGUGGCAAAGCUCCAGGAGGAAGGGCUGCAUCCACUCUUCCACCAGCUGGAUAUUGAUGAUCUGCAAAGCAUUAGAGCCUUGCGGGACUUCCUAAAGGAGAAGUAUGGAGGUCUGAAUGUGUUAGUUAACAAUGCAGGGAUUGCUUUUAAAGUUAAUGACAGUACUCCAUUUGCUGUCCAAGCAGAGGUUACACUUAAGACAAACUUUUUUGGAACCAGGAAUAUUUGCACAGAAUUGUUGCCUCUUAUGAAGCCCUAUGGUAGAGUGGUGAAUGUCUCUAGCAUGCAAAGUAUCUCAGCUCUGGCAGGCUGUAGCCAAGAAUUGCAGAAGAAGUUCCGCAGCGACACAAUCACUGAGGAUGAGUUAGUGGAGCUCAUGACGAAGUUUGUGGAAGAUACUAAGAAAAGCGUGCAUGCGAAAGAAGGUUGGCCAAAUACUGCUUAUGGGGUAUCCAAAAUUGGUGUCACAGUCUUGUCCAGGAUUCAAGCCCGGAUGUUAAAUGAGAAAAGAAAAGAUGACCACAUCCUUCUUAAUGCCUGCUGUCCUGGAUGGGUGAGAACAGACAUGGCAGGUCCAAAGGCCCCUAAAUCACCAGAGGAAGGAGCUGAGACACCUGUUUACUUAGCCCUUCUGCCUUCUGAUGCUGAUGGUCCUCACGGCCAGUUUGUUAGUGACAAAACUGUUCGAGCCUGGUAAACUUAACAUCUGUGGACCCUUGCAAGUGGUAAACAUGGCUGUGAGUUAACAUGUGCCUUGGUAGGGAUAUACACAUCUAGAUCAGUCUUGCCCUGGCCACUUUAGCACUGGGUCUUUUGUCUUUGUAGCAAGGGCUGCAGUUACUGAGUUCCCUAACAUUUUGUCUGUACUAUGGUACUUUCAGGGGUGUCUGUUGGCUUGCUUGCAGCAUUGAUUGGGUAGCCUGACUUCUGAUUUCUGGAGUGUUGCAACCUAGUUAACAUGAGUUGAUUUGGUAUUGCCCCAGUACAGAUGUGCCUGACCUUGUUUUACAAGAGUUCAGUUUUCGUGAAAUCAUUGGCAACCCUUCUUUUUUUCCCCACGUAAGAGAGCCUACAUAUCUCUGUGAAAUGGGGCUUAUAUGAGGAGACAGAUGCCUUGUGCUUCCUCUGUGCAGUGGAUCUUUUUGGGGGACCAUAGUUGCUUCUUAAGAUUGUAUGGGAUUUCUUCAACAGAGAGAGGGUUUUUUUUUUUUUUUUUUUUCAGUGCUGCAGUCUAACUAGUUUGGGUUGGGAGGAGCUUAUCAGAUUCAAACUGAAUCACUGUUGUAUAGAGAUUGCUUAUUGUUAUAGAACAGAAUUCAGUGGAAACAAAAACAGCAAUGAUGUACCACUAAUAGGGAAAAAUUACCUAGUUGGUUUUAUUAAUAUGUAUGAAAUGUGAUUACUUACAGACUUAUACAAGUGGCUUAUUCUGGUAUGAAUACUAAAAAUCUAUGUUUGAGUCUAUUUUUUGUAUCCAAGUCUAAUGCAAGUAUGUGAUGUUUGGAAUAUGCAGAGACAAAAUAAACUAUAGAACUGGUGUAGCAAACAUCCGAA